AAAAUAAAUAAGUUUAAAAAAAAAUAAAGAGUAGCUUCCAGAAGAUUAUGAGGAGUCUGGAAGGGAAAACAAAUUGCCUUCCUUGACUCCCCUGAGACUAGCCAUUUUAGAAUAUGUUCUCUCCUCCAAAGCCCGCCCCCACAUAGGCAGGGUUUUUCUCUUGGGCAAACCUGUUCCUUGGGAAGGGAAAGGGAGGUGGCAAAACCUGUUUGAAGGCGAGGUUGCCUUCCUUGGAGGCAGGAGCAUCUAGCAGUGAGACAGAGAAGGCCACGAAAGUUCUGGGGAGCCAGGACAACCCACUCUCAAGACAGCUGCAAGCAUUUAAGGGAGACAGACCAACGUGGCAAGAUGGGGACUACACAAGAGGUGGGAGAAAAGACGUUAGACCUUGGUGUCUCCUACCUACGAUCCAGUUCCCUGAAGACACUGCCGAGUUUGUCUCACGAUCACCUCUUCUCCCCUGGGACUCUUAGGGCUGGGGAGAAUGCUGAAGCAGGGCCAGCAGCACCCCUGAGACUCGGGGAGCUGGAGCUGAAGGAAGAGUGGCAGGAUGAGGGAUUCCCCAGACUUCUUCCUGAAGAAGUUGACCGUUCUGAAGAUCCUGAGGAUCCCAAGAGAGACUCACAGGCAGGUACACCAAGCACUUUAGCCCUGUGUAGCCCACGCCCCAUGCGUAAGCGUCUCUCUGCCCCAGAGUUGCAGCUGAAUCUGACUAAGGAGACUGGAGGCCGUGGAGCUUCUCCCACUCAUUCCGAACCUUCCUCUCCUGAUGGCAGUUCUGACCUGGAGGUAGACGAACUGGAGACACCUUCAGACUCGGAGCAGCUGGACAGUGGACAUGAAUUUGAAUGGGAAGAUGAGCUGCCCCGUGCAGAGGGUCUGGGGGCCAAUGAAGCAGCAGAAAGGCUGGGCCGGGGUUGUGUGUGGGAUGUAGCUGGAGAAGAUGGUCGUCACUGGAGAGUGUUCCGAACAGGACAGCAGGAACAGCGAGUGGACAUGACGGUCAUUGAGCCCUAUAAGAAAGUCCUCUCUCAUGGAGGUUACCAUGGUGAUGGCCUCAAUGCUGUCAUUGUCUUUGCUUCCUGUUACCUACCCAGCAGCAGCAUCCCCAACUAUACCUAUGUCAUGGAGCACUUGUUCAGUUGUGUGCCCCCCAGGUAUAUGGUGGGAACUCUGGAGCUGCUGGUAGCUGAAAAUUACCUGCUUGUCCACUUGAGCGGAGGCACGACUAGAGCCCAGGUCCCACCUCUGGGCUGGAUGCGCCAGUGUUACCAUGCUCUGGACCGGCGCCUCCGGAAAAACCUGCGUGGCCUGGUCGUUGUCCACACCACAUGGUAUGUGAAGGCAUUCUUGGCACUGCUGCGACCCUUCAUCAGUUCCAAGUUCACACGAAAGAUCCGUUUUCUGAACAGCCUGCGAGAGCUGGCCCAACUCAUCUCCUUGGAUCAGGUUCACAUCCCUGAAGCUGUCAGACAGCUGGACAGGGAUCUCCAUGGCUCAGGAGGCACCUAGUAUAAGACAGGACUCAAGGACCUUAGAACCAAGCAAAGAUACUGAUCUGCCUAUGCCCUAACCCUGAAAUAUCUGGGCUGCUUCCUAAACCACCUCAUCUUCAACCCUAGUGCCACUGGACCUUCACAUAUCAUUGGGGUGUCAUUCCUCUCAUAACCCUGCCUUCAAAGUUCUGAGGUCCGGAACCUGAUCUGCGGGGGGGCGAGGCGACACAUCAUUUCAGCAGUAGGGGUGCAUGUAGGGGUGUCUUGUAUGGGAAAGGGCAAGGCUGUGGGUUUUAGUCCUGCUUGAGCUGCAGAACCCUGGGCAAAUAACUGCAUCUCACUGAGUGUCCUCUUUUCCUCCCCCUUCAAAUGGGAGCCCCUGGUCGCCUGUGAAGCUCAGGGUGGGUGGGGCAUAACUGACCGCGGCAAGCCCCCCACCCCCACCCCGUCUGUUGGGGGACCAGGAGUCAGCUCCCUACGUAUUGAAGAACCGCUGUUUCCUUCUUCGUCACGUCUGCUGCCUGUGAGCCUGGGAAGGAGCGCUUUCAAAGCCUGUAGUUUCGUCCUGUCUCCUGUCUCGUAAACUCAGAUCCGUAGCGGUUAAUAAACUGCGAUGCACGAUGUAA